UUGUCUUUUCUGCACUUAACCAGCACCGCCUGGUGCUGGUUAACAUUCUCCAAAAAUAAAAACUUAAACCAGAAUUUUCUUCGGUCGGUUAAUCGUUAUCUUUGCGUACCUCCCACGCGCUUUUGAGCCCUAGGUCCCCAUCUAGGGUUUUCCUGCAAUUUAUUUUUUUGGAAUAAUUAGUGUUAUUGGUGAAUUGGGUUUGGGCAGAAAAUGGGUAGACUAGUGAGGAGCUGCAUGCAAUCGAUACUGAAGCUGGUGAAUUCAUUGAUUGGGAUGGUUGGGAUGGCCAUGAUUUUGUAUGCUCUAUGGAUGAUUAGGGUUUGGCAGAGGCACAUGGCUGACUUGCCUUUUGGUGGUGGCUCUGAUUUUCCAGUUUCAUGGUUCAUUUACACUUUCCUUGGCCUUGGGGUCACUUUAUGUGUGAUCACAUGCACAGGUCACAUUGCUGCAGAAACUGCCAACGGUUGUUGCCUUUAUUUGUAUAUGCUGCUUCUCCUUCUGCUCCUCCUGUUAGAAGCUGGAGUGACUGCAGAUGUAUUUCUAAACCGUAACUGGGAGGAGGACUUUCCAGUGGAUCCAAGUGGGAACUUUGCUCAGUUGAAAGAUUUUGUCAUGUCAAACUUUGAGAUCUGUAAGUGGAUAGGCUUGUCCAUUGUGUCUGUCCAGGGACUGUCUCUAUUAUUGGCAAUGAUUCUCAAAGCUCUUGGGCCACAUCAAUAUUAUGACAGUGAUGAUGAUUAUGCUCCUGAUAGAGUUCCACUCCUGAGGAAUGCUGUUGUUGUCGGUGACCCUGUCUAUGGGUCUAACCGUGAUGCAUGGAAUAUAAAAAUUAAUGACAAGACAACCAGGUAACUGCAUUCACAUCAGAAAGGAGCUGACUUGUGGAUGGAUCGAAGGUGUAGGGGCACAAAAAGCUUGUUAUCUGUUUUGACCAAUGGAGGUUGAAAAUGGAGAAAGACCGAAGGACUUUCUGAGGGAUUGAUGGUGAAAUCAUGUACAUAUUUCAAUAAUGUCCAACUGUUAAUGCCCAGACCUCAUGAGAAUGAAAUUACAUGUUAUAUGGUUUAUUUUUUAGGUUUUCAGCUAUGCAUAAUAUAUCUAAAUAGUUAUUUACAAAA